AUGGCAGUGCAAGGUGAAUGGUAUGAGUCACUGUUUGGUUGUUUUGAUGAUUUUGGUUCAUGCAUUUGUGGCUGGUGUUGUGUACCAUGCUUGUUCGGUGAGAAUGCCCAAAAGAUUGAUAACAGCAAUUGUUGCUUGUGGUGUUGUGCUUACACUCUUCUUGGUCAUUGUUACCUAUGUUGGAUUCCACACUACAUGAAACGCCAAACCCUUCGACAAAAAUACGGCUUACGAGAAGAUCCUUGUGCUGAUUGUCCAACAACAGCUUGUUGUGGCCCAUGUGCUCUCUGUCAAGAAGCUCGCUUUCUGAAACGCAGAGCUUUGCAACCAGGUGUUGCGGCAGGUGCUGUUCCACAUACAGUUCAACCUGGCCCAUACUAUUAA